AUGGAUGGAGAUAAUAAGACCUUUCUCAGUGACUUCACCCUCACAGGACUCUUUACUCACAGUAAAGCCUCAGGCUUCCUUUUCAGCAUCAUUUGUGCCAUCUUCUUUAUGACCAUGAUAGCUAAUGGGGUCAUGAUCUUUCUGAGCCACAUAGACCCUCACCUCCACACUCCUAUGUGCUUCCUGCUCAGCCGCCUCUCCUUCAUUGACAUGAUGUACAUUUCCACCAUUGUGCCCAAGAUGCUGGUUGAUUAUCUCAUGGGCAAGAGGACCAUCUCCUUUAUCUCCUGUACAGCCCAGUACUUUCUCUACAUGGGCUUUGUGGGGGCUGAAUUCUUCCUGCUGGGACUCAUGGCCUAUGACCGCUACGUGGCCAUCCACAACCCCCUCCGCUAUCCUGUCCUCAGGAAUCACCGCAUCUGUUGGAUGAUCUUGGCCAGCUCUUGGUUUGGCGGCGCUUUGGACAGCUUCCUCCUUACCCCUAUCACCAUGAGUCUCCCAUUCUGUGCUUCCCACAUGAUCGACCACUUCUUCUGUGAGGCACCCACCAUGCUCAGGCUGGCCUGUGGUGACAAGGCCACCUAUGAAAUGGUGAUGUACAUUUGCUGUGUCAUAAUGCUGCUAAUCCCUUUCUCCGUGGUGAUUUCUUCGUAUGCCCAGAUUCUCAUCACAGUGCACCAGAUGAAGUCAGCAGAAGGCAAGAAGAAGGCCUUUGCCACAUGCUCAUCACACAUAAUGGUGGUGACCUUGUUUUACGGGGCUGCCCUUUACACGUAUAUGCUUCCCCAAUCCUACCACACUCCAACCAAAGACAAGGUCUUCUCUGCCUUUUACACCAUCCUCACCCCCUUGUUAAACCCUCUCAUCUACAGCCUGAGAAACACAGAUGUAACAGGGGCCUUGAAGAGGGUUUUGGUGAGAUGGCGAGGGCUCCAUUGUGUGACAAGGGAAGAAUUCUGA